AUGGUCCUCGCCGAGCUUCGUCUUGCUCGUCUCCAUCACCUGCACCUCGAGCUGCUCGGCCUCCUCCCACCGGCCCUGGUUCCUGUAUGUCGACGCCAGGUUGGCCAUACUGGUCAGCGUGUCGGGAUGGUCCUCGCCGAGCUUCGUCUUGCUCGUCUCCAUCACCUGCACCUCGAGCUGCUCGGCCUCCUCCCACCGGCCCUGGUUCCUGUAUGUCGACGCCAGGUUGGCCAUACUGGUCAGCGUGUCGGGAUGGUCCUCGCCGAGCUUCGUCUUGCGAGUCUCCACCACCUGCACCUUAAGCUGCUCAGCUUCCUCCCACCGGCCCUGGUUACUAUAUGUCGACGCCAGGUUGGCCAUACUGGUCAACGUGUCGGGAUGGUCCUCGCCGAGCUUCGUCUUGCUCGUCUCUAUCACCUGCACCUCGAGCUGCUCAGCCUCCUCCCACCGGCCCUGGUUACUAUAUGUCGACGCCAGGUUGGCCAUACUGGUCAGCGUGGAGGGAUGGUCCUCGCCGAGCUUCGUCUUGCGAGUCUCCAUCACCUGCACAAAGAGCUGCUCAGCCUCCUCCCAACGACCUUCAUCAAAGUGCACUUCUGCCAGUGUUUCCUAGAUGAAAACUUCACUUAUAUCUAUGUCACUCAUCUGCUUCAGGUUAAUGCCUUUCACAGCUGGGAGAUGCACCAUUAA